CCCGAGGUCACAGCUGCUUUUCUUUUUCACUUCUUGUCCAGACGUUCCACGACAGACAGUCCUGGAGAGAGAGAAGGCCUCUCUCGAGGUUUCACCGAAACUGAGGGGAGAAAAAAAGAGGGGGAGAGAGAGGAAGAACAGAGACAAGAACGGAUGGUCACGAGAGAAGAGAACUGAAGGAGACACGCUGUCUUCUGCUGCAAGACGAAGGGAAAGUCGCAAAAACGAGAGAAGCGUUGUCGUCUAUUAUAAAGUUUUCGUCGACAGAGACACAGUGAGUUCCAGUCACUCUGCACCUCUAGGCGACAAGGAAACACCGCCCCCUCGACCGUGAGGAGAAGGGGAAGAAGACGAGGAGGAGAAAGGAGAAAAACGAAAGGAAAACGAAGGAGAACGAAACGAAAACGAAGGAGAACGAAAAAAACAUGUUAGAGAAGAGAAAGCAGCGCAGUGACCUCGAUACUGAGGCGCCGAGCCUCCGAGGCAGAGGGCCUCGGGAGGUUCUGCGGGUGAAAAAGCCUCAGAAAAACACAGAAUCCGGAGAAAAGAACAGCCAAAGAAAAAGGAGAAACGGAUAUGCUUCGCACAUGAAGGAUGGCAAACAUGAACUAGAAAGAAACAGCUUUCUUGGCGUUCCUGCCGCGAGGAGAUGCCUCUCUUCGCUCUCCGGGUGUGCUCACGCUCUUUCGAAGAGAUUCUCUUUAAUUCUGUCGCGAAAAGCAGGAAAGCAAAGAGAAUCACUAGGCAGGAAGUUGCUGAGAAGACAGAAAACGCUCCAUGUUGACGUGACUGAGUGUCUGUACACUCGGAAGAAGACACAGCUUCGUCUCCCUCCAGCUAGCACCGCUUUUUCCUGUUUCGCAUGCGUCUACAUCUUUCUCUUUCGCGAGAUCUGACCUAUCUGACCUACUGUUGCUUCAGGGUGAAGAAUGCUUCAUACUGCUUCUUCUUGAACUUCAUCACCUGAUUCUUCUCUUUCUCUCCUUUCUUUUCUCUCGUCUUCCAUUUUCCUUCCCUCAUCUCUUGUCUUCUUUCCCCUUCUCUUUCUCCCUUUCUCUCCUCCACUAUCGUCUUCUCGCUUCCCUUCUCUCUUUUCCUUCUCUCGCUUUUCCUUCACUCUCUUUUCCUUCCUUCUUCGUUUCUUUCUCGCUCUUUUUCGCUCUGCUUCUUCUCUCUCUGCUUCCAUCUGUUCCUUCUUCGGUUUCUGCGCAGAAAAGCACUGCUGCUGUCUGCGAGUCGCGAGAAAGUCGCGCGGCGCCGCGUUCUCGCCAGAUGAGCCUCGCAGCUGCAGAACGCCUUCCUUUUCUCGGUCUUUGCUCUUGUCACUUUUUCACGAGAGGGGGAAACCAGAAGGUGCCGAUUCGGCGUAUCCGCCUCUCUGCCUGGCAGCGAGGCCAUGAAUGUCGCGCGUUCCGUUUUAAAAAACGCAUCAAGUUGAGAUUCUGUCAGUGCCUCAUGUUUCCUCUCUUCUGUGCGUCUUUCCUUCUCUCUUCGUUUUUCUGUCUCUGUCGACUGUCCUGUCAACAUCUCUCGUUUCUCGUUCUGAUUCCUUCUGUGACGGUUUCCUUUCUUCGCUCGGACCGUUUCGUCUUUGCCGCGCUGUCGGUCUGACUUUCUCUGUCACCAUCUCUUGUUCUCCCCGUCUUCCUUCCAUCCUG